CUUUGUCAUGAAAAUAAAAGACCUUGGAUUGAUACUACUUCUAUUCAAGAGAUAAUCACUAGUGUUGCAUCACAAUCAACAGUCAAGUUUGGAAAAAUGAAAGAAUUGGGCAGAAGUAAAACGGGAAAUCAAGAUGAGUAUAUAAUUCUUCUUACUAACACAAUUUCAGAGUUAUAUCAGCAAGUAGAAGAACAAAAACAGGAAAUAUCAAAAUUAAAAAAUCAAAUAAGUGGAUAUU